CAACAUUAUUUUAUUGACAUUGGCUUUAGCUAUACUUGGUAAAAGAAGCCUGAUAUGACUUUUGCCGCAGCAAUCUCUUGUUUGCUUUCUCGCUGUUAUUAUAUAUGCUAUCGCACCAUGAACAAACUAACUAAACGCAUGCGUAGAUAAUUUUUAUUCUCAACACCUACAUUCUGGGAUAAAAUGUGUACCUGAAAUUAUUGUUUCUAUCGCAACCAUUGUCAUCAAAAGAACACAUUGAAUAUCUACCGCAGUAGUUCUCACUCAUCUGUAGUACAGAUUGAGAUUCAGGAACGGUGUAUAAAUAGGAGUUGAAUCGUAUUUUUGCACUUGGGCUUUUUUGUUGCUAUGACAUUCACAAACUUAGCUGAUUUUUGUACUAAACUUCCUAAAGUUGAGCUCCAUGCCCAUAUUAACGGAAGCUUAAGUCCAGCUACUAUGCGUGAGCUUGUCGAGCGUAAGAAAGAGCAAAAGCCAGAGUUGGCUCAGUUCCAGAUCCCUGAUGUCUUAACGAUUUACAACUUCUUUCCUUUAUUUCGAUUUAUCUAUCAAUUGACUGACGAUGAAGAGAGUGUUUGUAUUGCUACUCGAAAUGUGAUUCGUGAAUUUGCUCAAGAUGGUGUCAAAUAUCUCGAAUUAAGAACAACACCUCGCAAAAACUCAGAAACAGGCAUGACAAAGAUAUCAUAUCUUGAAGCUGUUGUCUCGGUGCUCCAUGAACCUAGAAAAGAGGAUAUUGUUGUGAACUUGAUUGUGUCUAUUGAUCGUCGCAAUACGCUUGAAGAGGCAGAAGAAGUGGUUGAUUUGGCUUUAGCUUUCCGUUCUCGAGGUGUUGUUGGUAUUGAUCUCUGCGGUGAUGUGAAGCAAGGUUCAUUUGAAGCUUUAAAACCUGCUUUUCUUAGAGCCCAAAAACACAACUUCCCCAUCACUUUGCAUUUUAAUGAAGUGAUAGAAAACAUGGUUGAAGGUCCUGAUUUGUUAGCCAUUAAACCUGAUCGCUUAGGCCAUGCAACCUUUCUUGAUGAAUAUUGCCGUAAGGUGAUCUAUGAGCAUAAUAUCCCUGUUGAGAUUUGUAUGACUUCAAAUUUGUUGUGCAAGACUGUGAAUACAUAUGAAGAACAUCAUAUCAAGGAACUUUUGUACGAUAAACAUCCUUUCAUUUUAUGUACGGACGACAAAGCUGGCUGCCGAGACAUUCAACCUGAGCCAUGA